ACCAAGAUGGCGGCGCCGCGGUAGCUGGCUCUGGGUUGUGGCGUCCGAGGAGCCGCGACGGUUUCUGCUCUCGGGUCGUAGGGGCGGCAGCGCUUGGCUGGUCCCUACAGCGGCCCGUGGCCCCACGUUAGGCAUCUGUUCAGGUCGGGGCUGUUGCUGUCACGGUGGGUUCGGGGGAAUCCCGGUGAUCUCGCUGCAGGUGUUCUGCGUCGGCCGCCAGAAGAGGAGGAGGAGGGCAUCCGGCCUCCCCGGUCUUCUGUACCUGCGGAGUUCGGGAGGCCUCCGAGCGCCCUGGAGGAGCUACACCUGUGAGGGGCUGCGGGAGUUCGAGUUCUCGGAAGUGUGAGAGGCAGCCUGCGACCCCUGCGGGCGCAGAGAAGAUCGCAGGGACUUUCUUCCUCUUCCCGGGGCCUGGCUUCCCCGCGUCGAUUACCCCAGCAUUCUUCCCUACUUCCUUUCAAUGUUGUCUCAAUAUAUCUGGAAAUAUGAUCAGCGCCCCUGACGUGGUGGCCUUCACCAAAGAGGACGAGUACGAGGAGGAGCCCUACAAUGAGCCGGCCCUGCCCGAGGAGUACUCGGUGCCGCUCUUCCCCUUCGCGAGCCAAGGAGCUAACCCAUGGUCCAAACUGUCCGGAGCCAAGUUCUCUCGGGACUUCAUCCUUAUUUCCGAGUUUUCGGAGCAGGUGGGACCCCAGCCCUUGCUGACCAUCCCCAAUGACACCAAAGUUUUCGGUACUUUUGAUCUUAAUUACUUCUCCUUGCGGAUCAUGUCUGUGGAUUACCAGGCUUCCUUUGUGGGCCAUCCCCCUGGUUCUGCCUACCCCAAGCUGAACUUCGUGGAGGACUCCAAGGUGGUUCUGGGAGACUCCAAGGAGGGAGCCUUUGCAUAUGUGCACCACCUUACCCUGUACGACCUGGAGGCCCGUGGCUUCGUGAGGCCCUUUUGCAUGGCUUAUAUCUCCGCAGACCAGCACAAAAUCAUGCAGCAGUUUCAGGAGCUUUCAGCUGAAUUUUCCAAAGCUUCUGAGUGCUUGAAGACAGGCAACAGGAAGUCCUUUGCUGGGGAACUUGAAAAAAAACUAAAAGACUUGGAUUAUACCAGGACAGUGCUGCAUACUGAGACGGAGAUCCAGAAGAAAGCCAACGACAAAGGUUUUUACUCAUCUCAGGCAAUUGAGAAAGCCAAUGAACUGGCUAGUGUAGAGAAAUCCAUCAUUGAACACCAAGACCUGCUGAAGCAGAUCCGCUCGUACCCUCAUCGGAAGUUGAAGGGGUCUGAUUUGUCUUCUGGGGAGAUGGAGCAUACCCAGGAUCAGCCUGACCAGGCAGCCACUACCUCUAAUCCUGACGAGUGUGCUGACACAGACCUAUACACCUGCAGACCCGCCUACACCCCAAAACUCAUCAAAGCAAAGUCCGCCAAGUGUUUUGACAAGAAGUUGAAGACCUUGGAAGAGCUCUGUGACACUGAGUAUUUCACCCAGACCCUGGCUCAGCUCAGACACAUUGAGCACACAUUCAGAGGAGACCUGUGCUAUCUCCUGACCAGCCAGAUUGACAAAGCGUUACUAAAGCAACAGCACAUAACAAAUUUCCUCUUUGAAGACUUUGUGGAGGUCGAUGAGAGGGUGGUAGAGAAACAAGCAAGCACACCCCCUCCGUCCAGUCAAGACAGGCCGCCUUCCAGGUCCCUAGGAGAAUGUCCAAUUCCUCAAGUGUUAAUUAGCGUUGGCUCCUACAAGUCCAGCGUGGAGUCUGUGCUCAUCAAGAUGGAGCAGGAACUUGGAGAGGAGGAGUACAGGGAAGUGGAGGGGACAGGACUGAGCAGCUUUGACCCCCAGGAAAACUUGGACUACCUGGAUAUGGACAUGAAAGGGAGCGUCAGCAGUGGGGAAAGCAUCGAGGUUCUAGGCACGGAGAAGCCCACCUGUGUGCUGGCCACAUCUGACAGCCAGGCCAGCCUCACGGUGUCACUGAGCCCCCAGGUGGUCCGGAGCAAAGCGGUCAGCCACAGGACUGUCAGUGAGGACAGCAUCGAGGUCCUCAGCACCUGCCCUUCCGAGGCCCUCAUCCCUGAGGACUUCAAGGCCAGCUACCCAAGUGCCAUUAACGAAGAAGAGUCAUAUGCAGACGACAGUGAGGGAGCCAUCCACUUCCAGGUAGGCGUCAGCCUGCCGGAGCUGGGGGAAGCCGAGGAAGGGAGCCUAGAAAACGCCACCUCACAGACAGACUCCUGCUGCAUCGGGAAGGAGAGCGACAGUCUGCAGGGGCCGCUGUCCACUCCAGUCCCCACACUAUCUGACAAGAAUGGAGUAGUGAGCACCCCCCCGCAGCGCUACAGGCAGACGGACCAGGGCUUCCAUGUGGACUUCACGGUGGAAAACGCCAGCCCUUCUUCCCGAGACAACAGUUCCGAAGGCUGCCCUGCCUAUGAGCUGGACCCGAGUCACCUGCUGGCUAGCCGGGACGUCAGUAAGACCAGCCUGGACAACUACUCAGACACCACCAGCUACGUGAGCAGUGUCGCCUCCAGCAGCUGGGACAGGACCCCCUCCUGUGCUCAUCCCGCCGGCCCCUCUUCUGAGAGGCAUAAAAAGAGGGCUGGCCAGAAUGCCUUAAAAUUCAUCCGCCAGUAUCCCUUUGCCCACCCAGCCAUCUACUCCCUGCUCAGCGGAAGGACACUCGUGGUCCUGGGGGAGGACGAGGCCAUAGUCAGGAAGCUUGUGACAGCGUUGUCCAUCUUCAUCCCCAACUACAGCCGCUAUGCCAAACCUGUGAAGCACUGGGUUUCCUCCCCUUUGCACAUUAUGGAUUUUCAAAAGUGGAAGCUUAUUGGCCUGCAGAGAUUGGCGUCCCCUGCCAGUGCUGGCACUCUCCACGCGCUGAGCCGCUACAGCCGCUACGCGAGCGUCCUGGACCUGGACAACAAGACACUGCGCUGCCCUCUGUACAGGGGCACCCUUGUGCCUCGGCUGGCAGACCACCGUACGCAGAUCAAGCGGGGCAGCACCUACUACCUGCACGUCCAGAGCAUGCUCGCCCAGCUCUGCUCCAAGGCCUUCCUCUACACCUUCUGCCACCACCUGCACCUGCCAGCCCACGACAAGGACACACAGGAGCUGCUGGCCAGCCGGCAGGCGAGCUUCUUGAAGCUGAAUCUCGGUCUCGUGAAUGAAGACGUGAAGGUGGUCCAGUACCUGGCUGAGCUGCUGAAGCUGCACUAUAUGCAGGAGUCUCCUGGGACCAGCCACCCCAUGCUCAGGUUUGACUAUGUCCCCAGUUUUCUGUACAAAAUCUGAGGUCAGUCCCAG